CUUCCAUGCAUCUAGUUCUUGUUCUUAGGUGUAAGAACUAUCAAAAUCAUUGCUAAAUCACAAAUUUGAAAAAAACCCAUUUGAAAGGAGGAAACGCUAGCGGAUAUGGAGAUUGAAACAAUCGCAGAAGAAGAGAAUGAAGGAUCUGAUUCUGAAGGUGAGUUAAUGGCUGCUUUGAUGCAGAAAAUAACCCAUUUGAACAUACAAUUUAUCAAAAUGUAAUGAUCGAAAGUUUUGUGAGAAAAAGGGAAAAAAAAAAAUCUAAACUUGAUUGGUUUCCAAAACUAAACUCGUGCCGGCCCUAAUUUAAGAUACUAUGCUGGCCGCCAUUUUCUCUCUUCUUCUCCCCGCCCUCUGUUUCUCUCUCUAAGCAAGAGUUUACAGCGGAGGGACAGAGAAAGGGUAUCCCAACUCUGAAUCACCGCAUCAAUGUCUGCUAAAUGGCGAGCUCUGCAGCAUCGUCACCGCUAUACUUACAGUGCAAUUGUUUUCCCUCACUCAUAUAUCGAUUCUCUCAAUUCCUUCCAAUCCCAACACCAAUCCUCUUCAAAAUUCUUCACUGAAUUACUCGAACUUGUAUCCUUGAACUCCGUUUACGCUCAAGUAAACCACGCCAAGAAAGUCGCUUCCGCAUUCUCCGAGUUAUUAACCAAUGGAGACGAGGAUUCGGUGUCCAGAGCUGCGCGGUUUUACUUGGAGGUUUUGUUCUGUGAGAAUUCCCAGCCUUUGCAUCGAACCCUUGUCUCCACUUUGGCCAAAAGCCGUAAAUUCCAGGAUUCAUUGGGCGAAUGUUUCAGGAAUCUCUGCGAGGAGCAUAGUGGUAUGCAACAAGGUGGAGAUAAGCGGUUCUGUGUGUCGAGGGUGGCUUUAUCGGUAAUGGGAAUGCCCAAAUUGGGAUAUUUAGUGGAUGUUAUUAGAGAUUGCGCCAUUUUGGUUUCUCGGGAUAUUGUUUCUAGCUUGGACUCUGUGGUUAAGGAAACCAAUGAUUUGGCUAGGCCUUCUCCAAUCGUCAUUGAACAGUGUCAAGAGGCUUUGUCUUGCUUGUAUUACUUACUCCAGCGAUUUCCCUCCAAGUUCCUGGAAGAUUCAAGUGUAAUGGGGAUGAUUGUAAGUACUAUUUUAAGCAUUCUAAAAUCCUUAGCUUUUUCAAGGGAUUGUUAUGUGUCUGCUGGGGUGAGUUUCUGUGCUUCUUUGCAAGUUUGUCUCAACUCGGAAGAACUUGGGGUGCUCAUCUUCUAUGGAAUUUUUGAACAAACUAACCACAUUUCAUGUUUGAAGUACGAGAAUGAAUUUAGGAAUGCUGUUGCGAAGGUUCCUUAUCAAGCGAAUGUCUGCGCUGAAAUUCAAACUUUUUCAAUGUUGAGUAGACUCUGCUUGAUCAGGGGGAUUCUGACAGCAAUUCCAAGGCCUGUGCUCAACAUACCAUUUUCUAUGAUAGAAGGAGAUUUGAAUGGCCAUCCAGGUUGUCCAUAUAGCGGUAACUCUGUCAAAACGAUACUCUAUGAUGCCAUUUUGCCUGAGCUAUGUAACUACUGUGAAAAUCCUACCGACAGCCAUUUUAACUUUCAUUCAUUGACUGUGCUGCAGAUUUGUUUGCAACAAAUAAAAACCUCCUUAGUUAGUAAUCUUACUGAUACAUCCUGUAGUUAUGAUCCACUCCCUGAGGAGAUGGGAAGUCGAAUACUAAGAAUUAUGUGGACUAACUUGGAAGAUCCUUUGAGUCAAACUGUUAAACAAGUGCAUCUCAUUUUUGAUCUAUUUUUAGAGAUUCAAUCGUCACUAUGCUGGUCAGAGGGUAGCGAGAAAACGAAGUCGUACUUGCGAAAAAUUGCUUUUGAUCUUCUUCAUUUGGGUUCUCGCUGUAAAGGAAGAUAUGUUCCUUUAGCUUCUUUGACCAAGAGGUUGGGUGCAAAGGCAUUGUUAGAUAUGAGUCCUUCUCUGCUAUCUGAUACUGUACAAGCAUACAUUGAUGAUGAUGUGUGCUGUGCUGCCACUUCUUUUCUGAAGUGUUUCCUUGAGCACCUGCGGGAUGAGUGCUGGAGUAGUGAUGGUAUUGAAGGUGGGUAUGCACUUUACAGAGGCCGUUGCUUGCCACCCGUUCUUCGUGGACUUGGUUCUGGGAUAUCAAAGCUUCGAUCAAAUUUAAACACUUAUGCUCUUCCAGUAUUGUUUGAAAUUGACAUAGAUAGUAUAUUUCCUAUGCUUGCGUUUAUCUCAGUCUGGCCUAGCGCGUGUGACAAUGGAGUUCUCUAUCCUGGUAAUAAUGAAGGUAGCAUGGAACUGAGAGUUGAACAGAAAGUUGCCAUUUUUAUUUCAUUGUUCAAAGUAUCUCGUUCACUUGCUUUAAUUGAAGGAGACAUUGAUUGGCUAGAAAAACGUAGCUUAGAACAGCGAUUUUCCCAUGAAAUAGAAUAUUUUGGUUGUCAUGCUCUUGUUUUCAUCAAGGGAGUAAAGGUCGAAAUCCUUGUUGAGUGGCUUGUAUUAGCGUUGACACACGUUGACGAGUCACUACGUGUGGAUGCUGCAGAAUUUAUUUUCUUAAAUCCUAAAACUUCUAGUCUUCCAUCUCAUUUAGAACUUACUUUGUUGAAGAAAGCAAUACCAUUGAACAUGAGGUGUUCCUCUACAGCUUUCCAGAUGAAAUGGACUAGCUUGUUUAGAAAGUUUUUUUCUCGAGUACGAACAGCUUUGGAGAGACAAUUCAAGCAGGGUAGUUGGAUACCACGUGCUUCUUCUAAUCGUGAAAACUAUCUGUCAAAUGGAAAUGAGCAAACUAUAGCUGGUCGAGCGGAUGAUCUUUUUCGUUUUAUGAAGUGGUUGAGUUGCUUUCUGUUUUUCUCCUGUUAUCCUUCUGCACCCUAUAGGAGAAAAAUUAUGGCGAUGGAUCUAUUUCUAGUAAUGCUUAAUGUUUGGUCAGUUGUUCCUUCAAAAGAAAAGUCUUGUGAUACUCUUCUCCUUCCCUAUAACGAAGGAAUUACUUUACCUGAUUCAGUUCUUUUGUUAGUUGGAUCAAUAAUUGAUAGUUGGGAUAGUCUGAGAGAAAGUUCUUUCCGUAUAUUGCUUCACUUUCCAACUCCACUUCCUGGCAUUUCUAGUGAACAUAUGGUGGGAGAAGUAAUCACAUGGGCGAAAAAGUUAGUUUGCAGCUCCCGUGUCCGAGAAAGUGACGCUGGAGCACUAACAUUAAGGCUCGUAUUCAGAAAGUAUGUUUUGGAUUUAGGCUGGAUAGUCAGAGCUUCAGGUGAUGUUGUUUGCUUAGAUUCCGAUUCCGUGCAUAAAUUACCAAAUGUGGGUGCGGAGAUAUUCAGAUCAAACCAUCCAGUGGCAGAGUAUUUGAAAUCCUUAAUUGAUUGGUUGAAUAUCUCUGUAACUGAGGGAGAGAGGAAUCUCGCUGAAGGCUGCAAAAACAGCUUUGUUCAUGGUGUGUUGCUCGCUUUGCGCUAUACUUUUGAAGAGUUGGAUUGGAGUUCAGAUAUCGUGCUCUCUAGUCUCUCAGAGAUAAGAAGUCUACUGGAAAAGCUUUUGGAGCUUGUGAUGCGAAUAACUUCCCUGGCACUCGGCGUGGUUUCAGCAGAUGCCUGGUACCUUCCGGAGGACAUGGACGACAUGGACGAUGAUGAUGCCUUUCUGUUGGAUGUUCCAGAUGAGGCUGAUGCAUCCACGUCGUUGUCAGAACUGGAAGAUAAUAAGGAAAAAACUACAGUAAAUUCAAGAACAUCAGAACAGAUUGUGAUGGUUGGCUGUUGGCUUGCCAUGAAAGAGGUUAGUCUUCUUUUAGGAACAAUCACAAGGAAAGUGCCUUUGCCUGCUGCUUCUGAUUCAGUUGAAUCUGAUCCAAAUGCUUCCAUUAUAUUAAAACACGAUGAAGUACUCGAUUUGAGACAACUUAAAGUGAUUGGAGACCACUUUUUGGAAGUUCUUUUGAAAAUGAAACACAAUGGUGCGAUCGAUAAGACAAGGGCCGGAUUUACUGCUCUUUGCAACCGUUUACUUUGUUCAAAUGACCAAAGACUUUGUAAGUUAACAGAAUCCUGGAUGGAUCAGCUAAUGGAAAGAAUGGCCGCAAAUGGUCAGACAGUCGACGAUUUAUUGAGGAGAAGCGCUGGUAUUCCAGCUGCCUUUAUUGCUCUAUUUCUAGCAGAGCCAGAAGGUUCCCCUAAGAAGCUUCUACCAAGAGCUCUCAAGUGGCUCAUAGAUGUUGCUGAGAGGUUGUUGCAGAAUCCGAUUGAUUCGGACUGUAAAAACAGAAACUUCUCCGAGUUACCAUCCGCAGAGUUAGGCCAAGACACAGAGUCUGUGUUGCCCCAUGAGACUUAUGCAAGUGAAAAAACCUCUAAAAUUCGAGAUGAAGGCGUCAUUCCAACAGUUCAUGCAUUCAAUGUCCUUAGAGCCUCUUUCAAUGAUGCCAACCUAGCAACUGAUACUUCUGGUUUCUCUGCUCAGGCUAUAAUUGUUUCUAUUCGCGCAUUCUCUUCUUCUUACUGGGAGGUGCGUAAUAGUGCUUGCUUGGCAUACACUGCUUUAGUUCGGCGGAUGGUAGGAUUUCUCAAUGUUCACAAACGAGAAUCAGCUCGUCGAGCUUUAACUGGACUUGAAUUUUUUCACAG